AUGGUAGAUGCAGACUAUUGUUUUAGAUAUAUAGAUGUUGGACAAGAUGGUAGAGCCAAAGACAGCACUGUAUUCAGGAACUCAACUUUAAAAAUAGCACUUGAACAAAACCUCUUCAAUUGGCCAAGAGGAGGACUUUGCGUAGGAGAUGAUGCUUUUUGCCUGACAACAUACUGUUUGAAACCUUUUUCACAUAGAGGUCUAACAGUAGAAGAGAGAGUCUUCAAUUAUCGACUAUCGAGGGCCAGGCGCGUUGUUGAAAAUGCGUUUGGUAUGUUGGCUAGUAGGUUUCGUGUUUUUAACACGCCUAUACCACUAAAUGUGAAUACCGUAGAAAUUUUAGUGAAAACGGCUUGCUCUCUACACAACUGGCUACGACAAACUUCUCCCAGAACAUAUUUUCCUUCAGGAUCUGUGGACGAUGAAGACUUAAACACGGGGGUUAUAGCACCAGGGGCGUGGCGAAACAUGCCGACCUUAAUGCUCCCAAUAGACCGCCUUUAUUCUUCAAAUAAUUAUGGUCGAAAUGGAGAAGAGGUUCGGCAGUGGUACAUGCAUCAAUUUAUGACACAAUUAUCAGUUCCAUGGCAAAUGACGUCAAUUGGUAUAGAACCAACACUAACAGUCGAAAAUGAAUAA